UCCUCCCAGUGUGGCUGGGGGCCGCCGCUUGCACGGUCUGGGCAUCCACCAGCAUUGUUUGGGAGCGGCUCCCAGCAAAGCAAAUCACACUGGUUUCCUGUGAGUAAUAUGUGAUCCACGCUGGGCCUCAGCAUGGCUGGGAAAGCACAUGCGUGGGAAGAGAGUCCUAAACUGUGUCAGUCUGGAGAGCUCGAUUAACUGAAACCAUAAGCCUGUGCUUGCCCCCAGAUAUAAUCACAUUUAGGCUGCACCCUCCUCUGCCAUUAUAUAAUAGGUACGGGAGUAAUGACUUUCAGUAAUGCUCUUCGAAUGGCAGGAGUCCAAUUCAUGACUGUUUUUUUUAUGGUGGGGGGGAGAGUCGAUUGGCAGAGGGGAGAAAGAGUCAGAUUGGUUUGCCUGCAAUCUGUGUUUUGCUUUUGGAGCUUUAAAGGACAGACACAUUCUUCCAUUUCUGCUAAUCCGCCUCUGAUACAGAGGAUUUUCCUGCCAUUAAAUGAUAGCUUGCAAGAAAAAAAAAAAAAAAAAAAAUGCGAACGCUUCCGCGAGAGACUCGUAUGACUAAUGGCAGACUCCUGAGCAGGAAGGAGGACGCGGCCACUGCCAGGCGAGAUCCCUCAAGUUUGCUUGCCAGACCUGAAAUGCCACUAGUGAAUGAUCAAGGUAAUGUUUGCGAUCAUUUUAAAUGUUAUCCUUUGCGUCCCCCAUGUCCAUGCAGUGUGGGCCUGUGUGCGAUCCUGCCCAGCCAACUGUGUGUGUACCCAGGAGCGGAGCUGCUCCGUCCUCUGUGAUCGUGCUGGUCUGGGCCAGGUCCCUAGUGAAUUCCCUUGUGAAGCCUCCUCUAUCAACUUGGAUAAAAACAACAUUAAAUUCCUCUCUGAGAGGGCCUUUGGUACCUUGCCAUCCCUCAAAACUCUGUCGCUCAACCACAAUAAUAUCUCCUUCAUCACCCCGGGGGCUUUCAAGGGGCUGCCCAGCUUGACUGAGCUGAAAAUGGCCCACAACGAGUACAUUCGCUAUCUCCACAUGCGGACUUUCACUGCCCUCAGACGGCUCGUCAGGCUGGACCUGGCUGACUGCAAUCUUUUCAAUAUCCCAGACAGGAUUUUCAUUGAGCUCCCUGUUCUGCAGGAACUUUUCUUUUUCCAGAACAAUUUCCGAAGGAUCCCAGGUGCAAUUAGGGGCAUGGACAAUUUGACCCACGUCUACCUGGAGAGAAACAGGAUUGAAGCGGUUGCCUAUAAUUCUCUGCAGGGCCUGACCAAGCUAAAAUACCUGAAUCUGCAGGACAACAGGAUAAACGUCAUUCAUGAGCGAGCUUUUCAGGGCUGCCAGAAGAUGGAGUAUCUGUACCUGAAUGACAACUUGAUCAGCGAUCUUCCAGAAAACUCCUUCGAUGGCCUGAGGUGCCUGAAAAUGCUCAAUCUCGGGGGGAAUUUCCUCAGGAAUGUUUCCAACACCUGGUUCCGGGAUCUGGUGGAGCUGGAGGUCCUCUACCUGGAUCGAAACAGGAUCAGCUACAUUGAGGAAGGGGCUUUCGAAAACCUCACCAGCUUGGUCGUUUUGCACUUGAACAGCAACAACCUGACAACCCUGCCCUUUUCUGUCUUCCAGCCUGUUUACUUUCUGGGGCGGCUGUACCUCUUCCGCAACCCCUGGGAGUGCGACUGCCGCAUCGAGUGGCUGAAGGAGUGGAUGGAGAGUUAUAGGCUGGUCAGGGAUAUUCCCUGUGCCUCCCCGUCCUCAGUAGCCGGGAUUGAUCUGACAGAUGUGCUCUACAACAGAUCGCCAGAAGGUUACUGUCUUGACCCGGUGGAGCUAAACGUCACUUCCUACAGCCCGAGCCCAAGUGGAGAGCCUUUCUCUACCACGGAGAGCAAGUUCAACAGCCUUAUCUCGAAACUUCUGCUCCAGAUGGGCCUUUCCGAAGAUGUGGCAAACACCACUGAAGUGUUCAGUAACACCACUCUGCCAGAUGGACUAACCGAUGGGGUUUCUUCUGGGGCGGAGGGACACAGUAUCAAAGCUGUCUCCUCGUUUCACCUCCCAGCACUUUUUACAGUGGUUAUUUUGCAGAGCAAAUAGUCCAAGGGCUGCCUGGAGCAUAGCUCCUGCUUAAGCAUUUAUAGUCUCUGUACAGGUAGUCAUUAGGGAAAAGUUUGCAUUGUGGGCCUCAGAUGAGUGUCUGGCUCCAAGCUCUCCAGGGAGUUGGUUAGAUCUGCUUCUAGGCUGGGCCCCACUCAGCUGCAACCUUCUCAAUGCCUGGAAACUUGUGCCAUGAGUUCUCAGGGUCUCAUGGGCACAAGCAGAGCUUUGUGGCAGAUCAGCAAUGAAAGAAUAGCAAUAAGGUUGAAUUACGUUAGAGACGUGAUUUUUCCCUCCCAGAAGUGACCUGAAAAGAUACCUGUACUGAAGGCAGCGCGGCACCAUUUGCCCCAUUGGGUCAUUUCCAACUCCCUGCAGAUCCAUGACCACAAUCCCAUUGACCUUAUGCGAGCAAGACAAAGCAGCAGAAUCAGACCUCGUUUUAGACCCUGGCACCCACAAUGGGGCUGCUUCGCUGCAUGGCGGUGGUGUAAUGCAGCCAGGUGCUGAUGAGUUAUGCCUGAUCUCCACCAGCGUGGGAGGGGGAGCAGGCCUAUUCCCAGCAACAUGCACAGCUGCUGCACUAGGCCUAGAAAAAGGAAAAUAAUAAUGGGGGAGGUCAGCUGCCUGAGGCUGUGGGUUAUUGUCAGGGAGUCUGAGAUGAGCAUGGUGUUUUGGCUGUGACUACAGACAGGAUUUUUUUUAUCCUUCUUCUGCUGUUGUGGUGCAGGUGAAAUAAAAUGAGACAGGCUCAUUUUUGUCAAACAAUCUUCUAUAAGGAAAAGCUAUUUAAACCUAACAGUUUAUUUAUUAAAGUCUGUUUUAAAUACGUUUUUAUUUUUCAAGCAAUAUAUAGUUUUCAAGGAAUGUAUUGUUGCUAUUUGUAGAUUAUUUCAUGGCAUGACAGCAGUAGCAGAAUAGGCUGAUGACAAAUGCGACCAGGUCCUACUAAAUAUGCCAAGUCAUUUUGUUUCUGCUAUCAGUGUAUGCCACAUGUUAUGUUAUGCCAUGUUAUGCCAUACUAACCAACUAUGCCAUCAUUUUCUUUAACAGCAUCUUAUAUGUUUUAUGUAUUCUGCUGCUACUAUGGCCAGAAAGAAAGUCAUGUUUUCUGCAACAGAGCACAUUAACAAAACAAUUUGAUGUUUUCCUCUUCAAAAUAAAUUGAUUGCUUAGUGCACUAAACUAAGCAUUUAUUUUAACAUCCUUGAAUUACUCUGGAACUCCUUUUACAGGCUACUCAAGUGCGUGCACAUGAAUGCUUAUUUUAUAUUCUAGAGCAAAUGGCAAGCUGUCUCAUUACAGCAUAAAGAAUAGACACUCACUUAGAGCCUAAGACAGUGCUUACAUCUGUAUUAAGCAGCAACUGCUUUAAAAAAAUAAGUGUUUGUGUACAAAUACACUUUUAUGAUAUUUCAGCUACAUUAAGUCAAAACACGUGGCUUAACAUAAUGUGCUAUACAUGUUCAUAUGACAUAUGCAGUUCUCUAUAACUGCUAAAAUGUCAUGAAAUAAAAGAAAAAGGGAAACAACUUAAGAAUAAACUUUCAAACAUUUCCCUAAACCCUUUUUUUUCCCCACUCUUGCUCUUUUUUUAAUAAGCAAUUCAGCACAUGAACUCCAGAAAUGUGGAAAUUUCCAUGGUCUGGCAAUCCUGGGCAUCAGCUGUUUCUAAUGCACAGCAGAAGAUGACCACAAAGGCUGGCGCUGCCAUGCGAUGGGCUGGCUGGUCUGUAAACGCCAUGCAAUUGAAACCUGCAGCGUUAGACUCUCUGUGGGCAGCGUGGCAAGAGCAACACGUACCCCAGCCACGGACACGUGGCCUUAGACUCUCAACGGCAGGCGUGAGCCUCCUUGGCUCAUGCUUUAACAUGGUGCUGCUUUGGUAGGGACAUGUGGGCUAAAAACAACCGCCUGAAUGGCUGUCCUUGCCUCUGCCCCUGCCCCCCUCCACACACUGGUGAGUACCCACAGACACAUACCAAGGGCAGGACUUUUGGAGACAGGCUUUGGGCACUGAACGACUGAAAAAUGGGUAAUGCACCAAUGCAAUGCACAAAGACCUUUUCUUAACUUCUGCGUGUGCUUAAAUCUGUGAUUGCCUGAGAGAAUCAGGGAAAUAAAUAAACUUCUUAAAAAAGGGCUCAGCAAUUCAGCCAAGAUGCCUUGGGUCAGGUCUAGUAACACCCGUCAGGCCAGAGCUGUUGGGAAUAGGAGUUACUGCGCUCGGCCUCAAGCAGCGCUGGCUGCCGGAGCGUGUCAGGUGAACACCACCACAAACGGUCCCAUAGCCCUCACAGUGAACAGCUGUUGUGAAAGCUAACGUAAGCUCAUGCCAAAUGACCAUGCGCUCCUCGACCUCCAGAGCUGAAUCCUGUGAAAAGCUGAAGCCUUUUUUCUUCCACCAGGCUGUGCCUGCUGCUUUUACCGUCAUAAAGCAGCAUCUCCAGUGGCUUCACGACUCGUUCCUUUGGGCCGCCUGGCUUGGUUUGCAGCGCUCUGUCCAAGGAGGUCUAUCACUCUACAAUUAGCACCCAGCAAUUUUUAGAGGAAAGCUAAAUACAGAAAACUCACACAAUCCUCGGGGUGAUGGCUCCUCAAUUCUCUGUAGCUAGACCACAAUUUUUUCCCCAGCAAAGAAAGACGCCAGAUGUUUGAUAAAUGCUUAUUUGAUCUUUUCCAUGCACUAAAUUCAGUGAGUUUGGAUUUCCAGGCUAUUUAUGAAUCCAUUAAUCUUCUUAAAUACUAAAUACAUCUGUGUAUUAUAAAAGACUGUUUUCCAAACCUGGUUCAUCCAAAUGCUGUAGAGGCACAUUAUGUUAAGGAUGCCUUUACAGAAGCAGUAUUUCAUCCUGUCAGGAAAGGUUUAGCAACAGAAGUUUGACACAGAUGGUAGGAUAUUGGGCACAAAUGGUUAUUUUUCACUUCCUACAGGUAUGGAUGCCUAGUGAGUGAAUUGUUUUUAUAACCUGCACUUUAAAUAUCUGCUCUUAAAUACAUUAAAGCUGAAGAUUUUCUUACUGUGUAAUUGUUAGCAUGGCUUUCAAGCUAAUUAUUCCUCCAAAGAUAUGCUUAUUUUUUUAACCUGCAAGAACAGCAGAUUAGAUCUGAAUAUGAAAUGUCUCAAAAUGUAGGUUUUAGCAGAGAUCGCACUGUGAGGUGAAGGACCAGGGGACUGUACCUAAUACUUUACUAUGUGACAACCAGGUCCAGAACUGUGUAAUUCUGGGCCACUGACCUUGGGCAUUGAUAAUAUAGAUGUCAUGUAGUCAAAUACCCUCUGUGCUUGCCCCAGAAAGCUUUUCCCUGUGCUACUGUAAUACAGCUGUGGCUGCCUAGAAAGUGCAUGGCUGGCACUGUGCUGCAUGUAAUGGGCUUUCUGCUUCCCCACAGUAAUGGGGACAGACCUCAUUUGCUCCUACUCUGAAAGCCUCUGCUCUUACCUCUGAGCUGAGAGAUCAGCAAGGCACGUUUCUAGCAGCACAGGGCUUCUGGCACGUGAGCGCUCCAAAUCGAUCAGGAAAAGCCUGCGAGUCUCUGUGUUACCUUCGCUUUUCUCCCCUCUCCUCCAUGUCGCGCCUUCCCUGUAGCCCUCUUUGCUCAGCUUGCUAUAAUGAGCACUGUCUUUUGCGUGUGCUUACCUGGAUCAGCAGUCUUCUGGAAAGGACAGCAAAAUAUUUUCACUUCAAAAGGCCUGAAAUGACUUUUAGUGCUGGGAAAGUUUGGGUUAAUUAGAAAUGCCCAGUUUGCUCUUCACAAUCCUUGUUUCCUGGGUCUUAGCAAAGGGCUUGUUUCACUGCAGUGCUUAGUUAUGUGGGUAGAUGCCUACACAUAACUGCAACUUUUUUCUUUGUUUUGAGCCUCUUGGUUCGAAAACAAAUUAAAUUAGAAUUCUGCCUUUUGAAGGAAUGCUUUGACUUUUUUAUUUUCUGGGGCUGGAGUCCUGCUGCAAAACUGCUUCGGCUGGUAAACCUGCUCUUGUUAGUUGUGAGUCCAUGGCUCAGAGUCACUUCACAAAUCAACACUAUUUGCAAAAUCUGUCUCUGGCCUGCAGUCACCUUCAAAGACAUCACAGAACUGUAGAUCAAGUCCAGCUUUACUGAGAGCAAUCUCCCCCUACAAGGGAACUCUUGGGGUCUUCCCCGAGCCCAGGUGACCAUUUCUAUUGUGAUUUCUUGCUUGCCACUUACUCCAUACUGGCCAUCCCCUCUGCAGAAGCCAAGUAGCUCUCUGGAGCUCAGCAGUGCUGUGUCCUGCUAGAGCAGGGGCUGCAACACACACACGCCUCUGCUCAGAGCCUAGCUGCAUAAUCAAUUUAAACUCAUUCAAGAGAGGGUUCAGCCUAGGUGGUGGUGAGUCAUACUCCCAUGGCCAGGGAAGGGGACAGUGGGUGCAGCUGCCUCUUUUGAUGCCAGUACCAAUUUCUGCUGGCUUUGGACUGUCCAUGUUAUUGGACCACGGGCUGAGGUAGAGCUCUGAAGCAGGUUCUGCUCAAGGCGGGUGCGGUGCUGCAGGAGCCAAGGCUGCCCUUCAGGCCUGAGGGCUGCAUGGCUGGAAGGGCUGCUCUGAGGAAGACUGUGGUGGAGAGGCUUGAGGGACUAGGCAUUGAGAAGCAUGAGCCAGGCCUAAGGAGGACUUCAGGUCCUUUAAGCCUCAGUCAGCUCAUUCUUUGGCAUCACGUGAAGACACUGCUGAAGGACGAGCAGAUCUAGCAGGGCUAUUGCACUGCAGUCUGCCUGCCCCAGUGUUUUCCAUAUCCACAUGCAACAGUAGAAGGGAGACAUCAGAACACAGAGCACUUCAUCCCUACUUGGGGACAGAACAUCUGCCACGCACCCUGAUGCUACUCCCACAGGAGUGCACAGGCAUAAAAAUGACAAGAUAUGGUUGCAUUCAGAUCCUCCAGUGCCCUGCACUCCAUACACAGGUGUGGGUAAAUGGCCUGACAGUCCUGGGGUGAGCAUUUCAUUGCUAUUUAUUUGGAUGUUUUUCAGUUGAAGUGAUGUGAUUCUGUGUGUAUAGAGGAGGACAUUGUCCUAAUUCUCACCCACGAUAUCCUUUCAGUAGUGUCCCAGUUGGCAAAAUCACUGCCCUGCACUGAAUGUCAAUCCCUGUCCCAGGUCAGUAUAGAAAUAAUUCCUCUGGACAGAAGAUGGAGAAGGAGCUGGAAAGAAAUCUUUAAAGAUUUUUUUCUGACUGAUUGAUUCAUUUUGGUUGCAUUUACUGCCUGUAAUUGGCAAGGGAUGAAACAUCACUUGAACAUCUGCCAAACUGGUGUCUGUUUGGAUUAACCCUGAACUUCAGUAAAGCCCCAGCUGGGAGGUGACGGGGUUGCUAGCCCGAACCCACAGUGAACUUUCCUGUCCAGUUCUGCCCUCAGAGGCAGAUGCUGGGCAUUAACUUUAGGGAGUGCGGUGGGAUGUUCAUCUGAGUAGCCUGGUGUUAGGUUGUACCUCCUGUCCGAAGGCCAUUCAGAGAGCUGUGUUCCCAGACUGAGGUGUCUGAAGUCCUGGGAGAAGGCAAUUUGUUUUAAUACAUGAUACCUAUUAAUACAAUACCCUUCACUGGUGCAAGUUUUUUUACACUCACUAAUGGAUGCUGUUACAUUAGGAGGGAGAAGGGGUCAAAGUAGAUAGAUAGAAAGAAGAAAUGACCUGAUUUGGUACAUCAUCCCUGGUCCCAGAAUUCUAUAGUAUCUGUUUAUACAUUGUAUUCCUAGAGAUCAUACUGGGUGUUUAACUUUGACAUUGGCUUUAUGUCCUUUGUAUUGUUUCUUUAAAUUUAUAGCUACUGCCAGUAACUUCCUGUGAAAUACAGCUAUUAGCUAUUUUGCUUAUCUUGUGGAGUCUUACAGGAUCUUUCUACUUGGGGAAAAAAAGUCAAGUUUAGUGCAGGAAAAAUCACUGUAAAUGAAGAUAACUUUUGCUAUGAUGGCAGAAAAUGCUAGCCAACUGGGACUCUGGAACUUAUUGUCAUUUUUUAAAUGGGUUGUUAUGUAUGUAGCUAAUUCUUGUCCUUACUAUGUCUGUCUGUUAUCUCUUAAAAAAAAUUAAAUAUUGAAAUUGAUGAA